AUGCGCGCAACUGCUCUCCUGGCCGCCGCCCUGGCCCUCGCCGGUGAUGCCCUCGCCGGCAAGAUGAAAUAUCUGGGCGUGGCCAUUCCCGGAAUUGACUUUGGCUGUGACAUUGACGGCAGCUGUCCGACCGACACGGCGUCUGUGCCGCUGCUGAGCUACAAGGGAGGCGAUGGCGCCGGCCAGAUGAAGCAUUUCGCCGAGGACGACGGUCUCAACGUCUUUCGCAUCUCCGCUACAUGGCAGUUUGUCCUCAACAACACGGUGGACGGCAAGCUGGACAAGCUCAACUGGGGUUCCUACAACAAGGUCGUCGAUGCCUGUCUGGAGACGGGCGCCUACUGCAUGAUUGACAUGCACAACUUUGCCCGGUACAACGGCGGCAUCAUCGGCCAGGGAGGCGUGUCGGACGACAUCUUUGUCGACCUCUGGGUCCAGAUUGCAAAGUACUACGUGGACAACGACAAGAUCAUCUUUGGCCUGAUGAACGAGCCCCACGACCUCGACAUUGACCUCUGGGCGCAGACGUGCCAAAAGGUCGUCACUGCGAUCCGAAAGGCCGGCGCCACCUCGCAGAUGAUCCUCCUGCCCGGAACCAACUUUGCCAGCGUCGAGACGUAUGUGUCCACCGGGAGCGCGGACGCCCUCGCCAAGAUUACGAACCCUGACGGAAGCACCGACCUGCUGUACUUUGACGUCCACAAGUAUCUCGACAUUAACAACUCCGGAUCGCAUGUCGAGUGUACGACGAAUAAUGUUGACGCGUUCAACGACUUUGCGGACUGGCUGAGGCAGAACAAGCGCCAGGCCAUCAUCUCGGAGACGGGCGCGUCCAUGGAUCCUUCGUGCAUGACUGCGUUCUGCGAGCAGAACAAGGCCAUCAGCGACAAUAGCGACGUCUACAUUGGCUUCGUCGGCUGGGGCGCCGGCAGCUUUGACACCUCUUACAUCUUGACCCUGACGCCCCUUGGCAAGCCUGGCAACUAUUCCGACAACAAGCUCAUGAACGAGUGCAUCCUGGACCAGUUUACCCUCGACUCAAAGUUCCGACCAACACCUACUUCAAUCUCUACGGCAGCCGAAGAGACUGGUACAUCGACGGCGACCACCGACGGCGACUCACCAUCAACUACAAAGCCCAUCUUUAGGGAGGAAACCUCGUCUCCCACUCCCACUCCCAACGCUGUCACCAAACCCUCGCCCGACACGAGCGAGAAUUCAAGCGACGAGGACUCUGCGGCGUCCUCGAGCGCCCAGGCCUUGACAGGCACGGUUUUGUUUACUGUUGCUGCCCUCGGCUACAUGCUGGUAGCAUUUUGA